AUGUCUCGCAAGAGAGAGCGGAGCCGGGACCGCCCAGACGCACUGGCCGACGAGCCCCGAGAGUCCAAGCGCGGGUCCGCGUUCCGGGCGCGGCAGAAGGCGCGCGAGGAGUUCCUGAGAGCGGGCAGCCGUGGCUUCCCAGACGCGUCGCUCGAGUUCGGCAGGGGCGCCCCCGCGCGGCAGAAGGCACAGCGGACCGGCCCCGGGGGCAGCGAGGAGGGCCUGUCUCCGCGCAGGGCAGAGAGAGCGGCGGGCGGGGGGCCUGUGAGGCUGGGGUCCACGGAGAAGCCGUUCCAGGCGAGCAGCGCGACCGUGGCAGAGGUGCCCUGGCUGAGCUCAGGCCUGCGCAUUCGCAUUGUUGACGAGGCAGGACCAUUCAAAGAGCACUAUUUGAAGAAAGGCCUCGUGCGGAGAGUCGACGCUGACUCGAUGACUGCCCAUGUCGACGUAGAUGGGGGGCCAACUGUGAAGGCUGUGCCUCAACGCGUGCUUGAAACUGUGGUGUCUAAAGGUUGCGCACAAGUCGAGAUUGUCCGCGGACCGCAUCGAGGCAAUGUAGUAACAUUAAUAGAGCGUGAUGCAAAGCGCAACCUUGCGAUUGUCAUGCAGGGUGCGAACGAUACUUCUCGGCUCGAAGUGGCCCUCGACGACGUCUGCGAGUUCAAGCACUGA